UUUGCGUUAUGCGCUAUGCGCAGGCGGAGCUCUUCAAGCCGCAAGAACCAUACUUAUUCAAUUAUCAUUGAUAAAUCAGCCCAAUGAUCUGUUCAAUCUCGCUAUGCUAUAGUCUCAUACUUUUCUUAUUGCCCCUGGCGACAGGUCUUCCAUCUCGCAUCAAUACUACCAAGGCACACACGAAACCAUACGAUGUCUGCAUCCUGGGUGGCGGAGCAACCGGCACAUACGCCGCCAUUCGCCUUCAGGAUCGCGGAAAGCGGGUGGUGGUGAUCGAGCAGAACAGCCAGCUCGGUGGCCACACGGAAACCUACUACCUCCCUAACGGUAGCCACGUCGACUACGGCGUCCAGGGUGUCUUCGACGACAAACUCAGCAGGAAGUUCUUCUCCCGCCUGGGGGUCAAAUGGCACCGUGUCCUUCCCAGCUUCAAAGGAGAGGACUUUGUGGACUUCACUACCGGUCGAAUGGCGGAGUCGCCCGUCGGCCUCGUCCAGUCCCUGCUUGCGCUCGUCCGAUAUCGAUUGGCACUGCGGCAAUUCCCCUUCCUUGACAAGGGUCUCUACGAUUUCCCGGAUCCAGUCCCCGAAGCCAUCUUCCGCCCGUUGCGAGAGUUCAUCGAAGAAUACUCUCUCGAGGACGUGAUACCGACGUUGUUCUUCUGGGCUCACGGAGUCGGGAACAUGCUCGACAUGCCAGCCCUCUACACCUUCCAGAACUUCGGUGUACCGCAUAUAUCCGCCGUCCUCGGCGGGUACAUCACACCGGAGAAGGGGAUGUACGAGUUGUACCGGGCAGCGGCCGCAGUGCUUCCCAACGUGCAUUACCAGACCAAGGUUGUCGAUGCCAAACGCUCCGAUUCCGGCGUCACGCUCACCGUCCAGCAUCUCAACGGCACCCACGACACCAUCGAAGCCGAGCAGCUCCUCGUGACCCACCCUCCAACCAUGGAAAAACUCCAGGGCUUCGAUCUCACUCAAGAAGAGAGUGACCUCUUCAGCAAGUGGUCCUGGCGCAACUACUACGUGGCGGUGACCAGCAACAGCGGCAUUCCGGAUGGCCGAUACGUGACCAACACCAACCCCCGCACGGGGCUGGGAUUCCUCCCCGAGAUGCCCUUUGAGUCCCUGAUCCAGUACAUGGGGGUGCCGGGUCACCCAAACACCAAGAUCGUGGGGCCGAUGAAUUUCACCGCGGAGGACGCCAAGCAGCUCAUCGCGUCGGAUUUUGCCCGCAUGAAGACCGCGGGCACGUAUUCGAUCCGUGAGCCCGAGGUCGUGGCAUUCGCGGAUCAUUCCCCAACGACCAUGAUGGUUUCUCCGGAGGACAUCCAGUCGGGAUUUUAUCGCCGGCUGUAUGCGCUGCAGGGGCAGAGGAGCACCUUCUACACGGGGUUGACCUUCUGUUCGGACUAUUCCUCGCUCCUCUGGGCGUUUACGGACUCAAUGCUUGAGAGAAUGGGAUGAACGGUAUCACUGUGGCCUUGGUGCUGCUGGCUGCACUUUAUUUUCUGUUUACUAGAACGUUAAUACUGAUUUACAGGCUUCUG